UCUGCUUCACGAACGCGAGCCGGCUGCUUUUCUCUUGCCUCUCCGAGCGUCUUUGAGCUGUUGUGACAUAUGCGCUCGCCUCCCUCUCUCUCUCUCUCUGUCUGCGUCUCUUGCCUUUUUUCCUCCUCUUUUUUUCUUUCUCUCCACUAAACCCACACCUCUCCGUCUCUCUCUCUCUCUCUCUCUCUCUCUCUCUCUCUCUCUCUGUGUGUGUCUGUUUUACCAGACCCGGACAGGAAAAAGGAGCGGUACAGCAGAGAGCCCCGGCAAAGAAGACUGACCACAAUAACAGGAAGAGGAAGAGGAAGUGGGCAGUGACCUGUGCGAGGGAGAGAGAGAGAGACAGGAGCUGCGGGUCAACACUUUGUGGCCACUGGAUGAGAGCAUCACAUCGGAGGUGACGGGAAGAACAAAAAAGACCUGUUGGACUCUCACCUGAGGGGAAAAACCUCGACAGCCCCGAGGACGGAGAGCAGGUCGAUAAAGAGGCUUUUUGGAUUGACAGGAGUUUUUUUGUUGUUGUACCUCUUUGACAAAAUUCAAGUUAAGAGAAUACUGAGUAAUAUCGCAGCUCUAUAGGAUACGUUCUCAUCCGUCCUCCAUCAUCAUCGCCGACUUAGUCAAGAAACAGGAUUUGUGCGAGGAGGGAGGAGAGAGUGAAAUCCGCGCCUGUACAACAUCACCUGCUGCUUUCCUCUCUACAUCGGAGGAGGAGGAGGAGGAGGCGGGGGGGGGGGGGGACGGACGACGACAACCAGCUGCGAAGAAACGAAGAGGGGCGUAGAGGAGAGCGAGAGGAACGGGGGGAACAGUUUGAAUCAGGAGGUGGUGGAGCUCACGACCACCUACCAGCCUCUCGAGUACAGUUGGACCGACCCGCCGAGAGAGAGAGAGAGGGAAACACCUUGAAGGGAUUUGGGUUUUUCCAAACAAAAGCUCUGGUCUCCAGCUGUGAUGAUGGCUUGGCUCCAGUUGUGGACCACGGGGCUCAUGGCCUUAUCCGUGUCUCUCGCCGCUGCCGAACGCUCCGGCUUUCCUGCGGUGGGAGCGGAGGAGCGAGGCCCCGUCGACAUUGUGAAGAAGGAGACCCAUCCGGUGCUGCUCAGGCAGAAGAGGGAGUGGAUCUGGAACUCGUUCUACGUGGAGGAGGAGAAGCCCGCACCCGUCCCCUACAAGAUCGGACAACUCAAGUCCAGCCAGCAGGUGGAGGUGAAGAGGUUCAAAAUAGAAGGCAAAGGGGCGGACACCGGCAUCUUCACCGUGGACCAAAAGGGAGACCUGUACGUCACCAGCGCUCUGGACAGGGAGGAGCAGGACUCGUACCACCUGGUCGCCAAGAUGUACGACGGGAACAACAAGCUGAUCGAGGACUCCGGGGACUUUAUCAUCCAUGUGACGGACAUCAACGACAACAUGCCCGUGUUCCCCCGGAAGUACAACGGGUCCAUCAUGGAGAGGUCCACCAUAGGAACCAAAGUAGUUGAGGUGAGGGCGACCGAUGCCGACAACCCCACCACUGCCAACGGAGAGCUCAGGUAUUCGUUGAGCCAAAGUAAAGACUUGUCCGCCUUCGAGAUCGACAGCAUCACAGGUGUGAUCAGCAGCAAGAUAAACACCCUGGACCGGGAAACCAAGAGUCAGUACGUGGUGGUGGUCAGAGCUCAGGACAUGAGAGGAAUGGCCUCCGGCAGCACAGCCACCACCUCGGUCACCAUCACCAUCACCGACACCAACGACAACAUGGCCUCUUUCACCCGAAGAACGUACGAACUGCAGGUGCCGGAGGACCACAAGCUGAGCGACAAGAUGGGCACGCUGGAGCUGGAGGACAGAGAUCAGAUCCAGAACAAAGAGCCCAUCUUCGCCAUCCCGAGCGAACACGGCAAGAUGUUCAGUCUGGAACUCAGCCCCAGCAAAGACGGCAACCUCAUGCUCAAACAGGCUCUGGACUACGAGACGACGGACAGCUACACCUUCACUGUGCAAGUGCGAGAGAACCUGAGGAACCUGCGUUUCCCCGCUGACAACGUGAACAGCGCCGUCACCACGGCCCAGGUCAACAUCAAGGUGUUGGACGUGGACGAGCCGCCGGUCUUCUCCGAGCCCAUGUACACCUUCUCCGUUGUGGAGGAACGGAGCGCGAACAUCGGAAUCGUCACAGCCCGGGACCCGGACAAGGCCAAGAAGACCAUACGGUACUCCAUCUUAGACAAAGACUGUCCUAUCGGAAUCAACCCGCUCACAGGUCAGCUGUCCACCCUGAGGACGCUGGAUAGGGAGCUGGAGGCCACACACAUGUUUCAAGUUAUGGCGCAGGAGGAGCCAAGCGGUUUGGAGUCAUUUGUGAAAGUGAACAUUAUAGUGCUGGACAUUAACGACAACGCGCCGGAACUGUCCGUGGAUGAGAUCUUCGUCUGUGAGAACGACGUCACUAAUACCGUGAUAGGAACCCUGAGGGCCACCGAUAAAGACGACCAGCCGGCCUCCUUCAGCUUCGGCCUGCAAAGCGAGAGUUCCAACUUCUCCAUCCAAGACCACGGCAACAACACGGCGGACAUCCUGGUCAAACAGGGCCCGUUCAGCCUGGACGACCCCAGGGAUUACAACGUGGACGUGGGCGUCAGCGACGGAGGACGACCCGCCCAGACGAGCAUCACCACACUGGCGAUCAAGUUGUGCCGCUGCGACGCCAGGCGGAUUCCCACGCAGUGCAAGGCGAGCGCCCGGACGAUGUCGGUGAGCGUCCACGCCCUCAUCGCCAUCCUGCUCUGCAUACUGACCAUACUGGUCAUCGUGAUCCUGUUCGUGAUGAGGAAACGCUACCGGAAGGAUUCUCUGGCCAACAUGAAGAACAGCGGCGAGAUCCACGAGCAGCUGGUCACGUACGACGAGGAGGGAGGAGGAGAGAUGGACACUAACGGCUACGACGUCUCCAUCCUCAGCUCCGCCUGCCACGACGGCUCCCUGCUGCGCCACUCGGACCGCCUCCACCCGCACCCCUCGCUCUACGCCAUGGUGCAGAAGCAGCAGGCCCCCCACCACCACCCGGCCGCGUGCAAGGGCGACAUGGCCGCCAUGAUCGAGUCCAAGAAGGACGAGGCGGACCACGACCGCGACGGCGUGCCGUACGACACGCUCCACAUCUACGGCUACGAGGGCGCCGAGUCGCUGGCCGAGAGCCUCAGCUCGCUGGGCAGCUCGUCCACCGGCUCCAACUUGGACUACGACUUCCUGAACGACUGGGGGCCGCGGUUCAGGACCCUGGCCGAGCUGUACGGAGUGGACGCGCCCGACUUUUACCACCAGUACUGACGGACGACGUCCGGGGAAACGUGAUGCCAAAACACACACACACACACACACACACACACACACACACACACACAUCGAUCAAUCUCACACACAUUUAUAGAUCCAUGCUUUCAUGUCGUCCAUUUUGUUUCUGGGCGAGGAGCUUCUUCUCCGGCCGUCUGAAAACAGAAUCCAGGAGCGACUUUUCCCGGUGCAGCGUCACCAACGAACUUUUGUCACACAGAGUAAUUCUCUGAAUCGGUUUGUUCACUCCCCACAUCAAACUCGAGGAAGCUCGAAGGGGAAGAGCGUCUCUCUCCAACGGGGAGAUGUUGGAACGCCAGAGGAUUAAACGAAAGCUAAAGAUGUUUGAAAGAGGAUUUAGUUGAGAUCUUCAUCACGACGACGUGUCCCUCGUCCCGUCGGAGUCGAUCGCGGAGGUCGACGGCGACGUUGUACAAACUUCUUCUUCACGUUUGGGUUUUUCGUGCGCGCCACCAUUUUGCGUCCCCUCUCCCCAUGCACCGAGCACUGCACGCAAAAAAAGUUCAUAUCCUGAUCCGUCUCCUUUCUAUGCACUGAUAUCCAGCUACACACAGUAUACACCUUCCAGUUAAUGAACAACCAAGGAAACACAUUCCAACUAUCAUACUUUGCACUCGACGUCCAGAUCUGAGCACAUUUACGAGAUUAAUAUCAGAAUAUUAACAGUUUUCCGUUUAUUUUUCCGUCUCUUAGUGGAGAUGCAAAAUGGUGCACGUCAAAGCAAAAGCAUUUUCUUUUUGCCAUACUCUCUUUUUGUUCCUAUUCGCCUGUAAUCUUUUUCAACUUUGAACUUGUUGUUUUUUUACAUUUAAAAAAAAAAAGAAAGGGCCUCAAACAUGGAGAGAACGAGGUGAUUCUUUUGGGGGGGGGGGGGGGAGAUUUGUAAAUAUCAUCGUUGAGGUUUUUUAUUGUUUUUUCAUAGUUUGAAGUGUUUGAUCGCGGCGAGCCGUGUUCUGUCCGUGUGCUGUUCAGCAUCAGUCUGUUCCCGUGAUACAUGUGUUCAUUCUUCCUCUACAUGCAGUCAUGCAUCCUGACGUGACAUCAGCUGUUUGUCCCGAGCGAAGAAAGACUUCAGAUAACGUGUCUCAAAAGAUCCUGACAUUCGGCAUUUGUAGUUUUUUUUUGCAAAGCAGAAAAACCAAACCUCGAAAAGGAAAAAAAAUCUCUUUCCCCUUUCGCUGUUGUCUGAAAUCAACCAUCUGAUGAGGAGUCAUUUCCCAAAUCCUCUUUCUUUCGCUCGGAGGAGAGAACAAUGGACAGAGAAGGAAACGGCAGCGCGGCCGUCCAGACAGAAUUACAGCUCGGGCCCCGGCUUUGUAUUCGACAGAACUCAUCAUCACACUUAUUGUGGAGAUGAGAAGACCGAAUCCUCGGAGGGACGACGAGAACAAGAGUCAUUCACACAGAUCAGGAAGCGCCGAGUGGCGGAGAGCAGCCGGCCGGGCAGCUGGAGGUGGCCCCGAUAACUUUAACCUCUCAUCCUUUCUGGCUACUGUCCGGGUCGUAAAGUCUCGACGUCAUUGUAAGCAUUGUUUUAGUCUGAUUCUGCAGCGUUUUAUUGUGCGUAGUUGGUUGCUUUUUCAACAAUUUGGACGUGGGAAGUUGCUCGUGCAAGUUGAUGUGAUGCUUUGGUUUCUCCAACUAUUAGUUUCCAUCUGAAAAAGGGAUUUGUCUCAAAAUAUGGAUACACAACAAAUUAUUUUGAAAAAAGAAAUGGUCCUGGUAUGAACAGGAGAAUCCAAUAAUCACUCUGACAGCCUCGUGAAAAACGUAAUAGCGUGUCGCGGAUCAUGUCUGAAAUGAAUGAUAAUUCUCUUCAUCUUCAUUAUCAUAAGUGACCAAAUGUCCAAAACACAAAUAAAUCUAAUUUACAUUGAUUUAAAACAACAACAACAAAAAAAGCAGCAGAAACUCAACUCCUUGAAUCACAAUUUUUUGUCAACGACGAGAUUAACUUUUCACUUCUGCUCCAUCGUGGAUUCAUCUCCUCAAUAAUUCAAGUUGCCAGGACAAGAUGUCUCUUCGCUCUCCAGUUAGAUCAUGAGGUCGUCCUCAGGGACGACUGUUUGACCCCCGACCCUCUGGGACGAGGCCUGUGUCCAACCAGGAACUGUAUUUAUCAAUGACUUACUUAGCAAUUUAAAAAAAAAAUAAAAACACCAGACAUUUUUAGCUUAUUGUUCAAAUUCAGCGCCUGGAGAUAAAUGACAAUUUUUCGAAAUGAAUCCGUCUGAAUGAGUCUCGCGACGGUUCCUGUUGUUUUUUGUCAGCGUGAUGUGAAGCCCAGCGUGUAGCCAACUCGCAGUUUGUUUAUUCUCCCGUUUAUUCUGUUUGGCUUGGACUCAGACUCGUUUCCUUAAAACCUCUGGGCUCGCGCGGAAUCUGACAAACGCUGGAUACAAUAGCUGGAAGCCCUCGCGAUGCUUUCCUGUUAGAUUCAUACGUGUGUAUAUAUACAUACAUACAUAUAUAUGUAUAUAUACACACACAUAUAUAUAAUCUGAGCAGCCUCACUCUCAGUCGCCCCCCCUCCCUCCACGUUUGUUGCCUCACCCGAAUCUCCCUCGCGCCGUCCUCUUCUCCCGUUGCCCUUUAAUCAGCGAAACCAAACGGGACUUCCUGUCCAUCUGGGCCGUGCCCGCCCCUUCCUGUCCGGCGUUAUCUUCUGUCUCCUGAGCCCCGGACACAUUGUGCGACGCUUCCUGUGGUAUGGGAAAACAACCUCCACCUUGAAGAGAGAGAGAGAUGGGGGAGGAGGAGGAGGGGGGGUAUGAGGUUGAAGAAAGACGAAGAGAAAAAACAAUGUGGAGCCGUGAUGAGGUUUUCCAGCCGAGCAGAAAAACACAAGCAAAGACGCGAAACGCUCGAGACGCGUCACGCGUUGACGUCCUGUUGCGUUUUUUGAAAUUUUGGAAAUUCACAAAAGAGAUGAACUGUUCUAAAAUGUGACGUCCUGAUGAUUACAUUCCAAUCACAACGGGGCCAUUCGUAUAACAUCUUGAAAUAGUUUCCACGACCACCUCAAAAGAGAAUGAAGAUGAUUUAAAAACUUUUAAACGUCAAUGGAGAUGAACGGUGGUUUGACCUUUUUCCAGCUGCCGUCAGAGAAUCAAACUGUGACCUGGAGAAGCUGCGCUGCACCUUGGAGGAAAAUCUCCUCUCAUUUCAGACCCGAGCUUUUCAAGGAGACGGUAUUAAAGUUGUUGUUUUUUUGGCAUUAUUACAAAAAGAAAGAGGAUUCAUGCAGAAAAAAAAGAAUCAGCCGCCUGUAGCAGAUGGAGGUGCUCAAUUAUCUUCUCUCCGAACAGCAAUAAGUGUCGGUGUGUAGUUGUGGUGAGAACAUCUGACACGGGUCGGUAGUUUGACGAAAUUUUCUUUUCUACUUUCCUUAUUUUUUUUAUGUGCAAUUACUGAACGCUGAUAUUAAAAAAAAAUGUAUUGGUGGUUCUGUUAUUGUUUGUAUUUCAUCUAACGUAUGGUUUCUUUACCACGCCCUCACAUGAACUUUCAUAUUUCCUUCAUGUGUUUCGUAUUUACGUGUGAAAAAACACAUUUAAGUCGCCAGUGUUUUCCACUUUUCGAAAAAAAAUUUUUUUUUAGAUCGGUUCCAAAAAUAAAUAUGACCUUAACAUAUUGUUUGGCAAUAAAAGUGAAAAUGUCCAUUUUCAUUUCAGAUUGCAUUUAAAUUAAGUAACGUCUACUUAUUUACAUUGUUAUACGUUAACCCAUAAUAAGUCGUCGCAUAUCCUUACAAAAAAAUUCUAUUGAUGAGGAAUCCUGUAUUUUAAAAACACGUUGGGAUCAUCUUCCAAGCUCCACGUUGUAACAGUGACACUGUUUUGUCAAGUAGAUUUGUGCAUUAUCAAAAAAAAGUGCCAUAUUUUAAAUAAUUUUGAUUUUGUGUUGUGUCCUCUAUAAAAUAACGAAUCACUCUUGGAUUUAGAUUGAAAAUAUAAAAAUGAAUCUCUCAGGUUGAGGCUCCAGGAACAAAAAAAAGAAGUGGUUCAACAAACAAACCCCAUAUUUAACAAUAUUCUGUUAAAAAAAAAAUCUGAUUUAACUGUACUUUCAUCUGUGUAUCUCAUGUGUAAGGAAACAUAAACUUUGAGUGACAUGUAUAUAUUUAAAAAAAACUGUGCCUAAUAGUGAUUUCUCUCUUUCUGCCCUCGCCCUGUUUCAUUCUAUCAUUUACUGUAUUUUUUCGAGGAUGUUAAACUUGCUACAAUCUCUUUUUAUUGCUGUCAAAAAGAAAGAAAAACAUAAAGUUUCCUACAAAAGUCACAGAGCAGAGUGUGAUGGACGAGCGAGCGACCGCGUGAAUCUGUGAGUUAUUGUUUGUGUCCACUUGUGUGUGCUUGCAGCUGUACUCAUGUACAUACACGCAAAUGAGUGUCAAACCAAUAAAAAAAAAGCGACUAUAUAGAUAAAAAAUAAAUCCUGGUGUAAAUACAGUAAGGGGUAUUCGAGGGAGCAACAUGUGCCUUUAUUCCUUUAAAAAAAAAAAUACUGUAAUUCAUUUUUGUGAUGGUGAACACAAUGUUUUUAUAUUGUUUUUAUGGUGUAUAACAACUACUUUUUAUUACCUGACAUUUUUGUAAGUGCGAAAUAAAAAAAUAAAGAAUAAAUAAACACUCAAA